AUGGAGCUCUUCGAGACCAAUCCUUACUUCUUCCCAGAGCAGAGGUUUUACGACGGGGAAAGCUUCCUGGGCUCCCGCUUGCAGGGCUACGAGGCGGUGGCGGCGUUCGCCGAGCGGCCCGAGGUGAGCCUCUGCCCCGAGGGCAGGGCGGCUCUGGAGGAGAAGGACUCAACCCUGCCCGAGCACUGCCCCGGGCAGUGCCUGCCCUGGGCUUGCAAGGUCUGCAAGAGGAAAUCGGUGUCGCUGGACCGGCGGCGAGCGGCCACGCUGCGGGAGAAGCGCAGGCUGAAGAAGGUGAACGAAGCCUUCGAGGCGCUGAAGCGCAGCACCCUGCUGAACCCCAACCAGCGGCUGCCCAAGGUGGAGAUCCUGCGCAGCGCCAUCCAGUACAUCGAGCGCCUGCAGAGCCUGCUCAGCAGCCUCAACCAGCAGGAGCAUGAUGUCCUAUUGGGGGGGGGGGGGGGGGGCCAGGAGGGGGUUGACAGUGAGUGUGGGUCCAGCAGCUCAUCCUGCAGCCCUGAGUGGAGCAGCCAGCUGGAAUUUGGCACCAAUCCUGCAGAUCACCUCCUGGCCGAUGACCCAGCAGAGGACAGCAACCUCCACUCGCUGUCCUCCAUCGUGGAGAGCAUCGCGGUGGAGGAUGUGGCUGUGACGUUCGCGGAGGAGCAGGCUCAGAACUGA